UGCAGUCCCCGGCCCCGCCGCGCAUCCCCCAGCGCUGCCCGGGGGAGGAGCCGCCCGUGCGGCUCCAGCCCCUUCCCGCGGCGGGGGCCGGGGCUCCCCCCGCCGCCGUGCGGAGGGGCCGGCGGAGAGCCGCGGAAGUGCACUUGCUGCAGCCAUUUCCUGCUCUUUGUGCGGGCGAGCGCGGAGCAUCCCGCGGAGCGGAGCAUCCCGCGAAGCGAAGCAUCGCACCCCGCAGAGCGCCAGUGCAGAGACUGAACAUCCAGAACCAUGACGACUCACGUUACGUUAGAGGAUGCCUUGUCCAAUGUGGACUUACUGGAGGAGCUGCCUCUUCCAGACCAGCAGCCAUGCAUCGAACCACCUCCAUCCUCCAUCAUGUAUCAGGCUAAUUUUGACACCAACUUUGAAGACAGAAAUGCCUUUGUCACUGGCAUUGCCAGGUACAUUGAGCAGGCGACAGUGCACUCCAGCAUGAAUGAAAUGCUGGAGGAAGGCCAUGAGUAUGCUGUGAUGCUUUACACAUGGAGGAGCUGCUCACGAGCUAUCCCUCAGGUGAAAUGUAAUGAGCAGCCGAACCGAGUGGAGAUCUAUGAGAAGACAGUGGAAGUCCUGGAGCCAGAGGUCACCAAGCUUAUGAAGUUCAUGUAUUUUCAGCGCAAGGCUAUCGAGCGGUUCUGCAGCGAGGUGAAGCGCCUGUGCCACGCAGAGCGGAGGAAGGACUUUGUCUCUGAAGCCUAUCUCCUCACGCUGGGCAAGUUCAUUAACAUGUUUGCUGUCCUGGAUGAGCUGAAGAACAUGAAAUGCAGUGUCAAAAAUGAUCAUUCUGCCUACAAAAGAGCUGCCCAGUUCCUACGGAAGAUGGCAGACCCUCAAUCUAUCCAGGAGUCCCAGAACCUCUCCAUGUUCCUGGCAAACCACAACCGGAUCACACAGUGUCUGCACCAACAACUAGAGGUUAUCCCUGGCUAUGAGGAACUGCUGGCUGAUAUUGUCAACAUCUGCGUGGAUUACUAUGAAAACAAGAUGUACCUCACUCCCAGUGAGAAACACAUGCUCCUAAAGGUGAUGGGGUUUGGCCUGUACCUCAUGGAUGGGAAUGUCAGCAACAUUUACAAGUUGGAUGCCAAGAAGAGAAUCAACCUUAGUAAAAUAGACAAAUUCUUCAAGCAGCUGCAGGUGGUCCCUUUAUUCGGCGAUAUGCAGAUAGAACUGGCCAGAUACAUUAAGACCAGUGCUCACUAUGAGGAGAACAAAUCCAAGUGGACCUGCACUCAGAGCAGCAUAAGUCCCCAGUACAACAUCUGCGAGCAGAUGGUCCAGAUUCGAGACGAUCACAUCCGCUUCAUCUCAGAGCUCGCUCGCUACAGCAACAGUGAGGUGGUCACUGGCUCAGGACUGGACAGCCAGAAGUCAGAUGAGGAGUACAGAGAGCUCUUUGAUCUCGCCUUGCGGGGACUGCAGCUGCUGUCCAAGUGGAGUGCCCAUGUCAUGGAAGUGUACUCCUGGAAGCUGGUUCACCCCACAGAUAAAUUCUGUAACAAGGAUUGCCCAGGAACAGCAGAAGAGUAUGAGAGAGCCACCCGGUACAACUACACCAGUGAAGAGAAGUUUGCCUUUGUAGAGGUAAUUGCCAUGAUCAAAGGUCUGCAAGUGCUGAUGGGCAGGAUGGAGAGUGUCUUUAACCAAGCCAUCCGCAACACUAUUUACGCAGCCCUGCAGGACUUCGCCCAGGUGACCCUGAGAGAGCCACUCAGGCAGGCUGUCAGGAAGAAGAAGAAUGUUCUCAUCAGUGUCCUUCAGGCAAUUCGGAAGACUAUCUGUGACUGGGAGGGAGGGCGAGAGCCUCCAAAUGAUCCUUGCCUGAGAGGUGAGAAGGAUCCUAAAGGUGGAUUUGAUAUUAAAGUCCCACGACGAGCAGUGGGACCAUCAAGCACGCAGCUUUACAUGGUGCGGACCAUGCUGGAGUCCCUCAUAGCAGACAAGAGUGGCUCAAAGAAGACCCUGAGGAGCAGCUUGGAUGGGCCAAUAGUCUUGGCCAUUGAGGAGUUCCACAAGCAGUCCUUCUUCUUCACCCACCUUCUCAACAUCAGUGAAGCACUGCAGCAGUGCUGCGACCUGUCCCAGCUCUGGUUCCGGGAAUUCUUCCUGGAGCUGACCAUGGGCCGCCGCAUCCAGUUCCCCAUCGAAAUGUCCAUGCCCUGGAUCCUCACAGACCAUAUCCUGGAAACCAAAGAACCCUCCAUGAUGGAAUAUGUACUGUACCCCUUGGACCUCUAUAAUGACAGCGCAUAUUAUGCCUUGACCAAGUUCAAAAAGCAGUUCCUGUACGAUGAAAUUGAAGCUGAAGUGAACUUGUGUUUUGAUCAAUUUGUGUACAAGCUGGCAGAUCAGAUCUUUGCCUAUUAUAAAGCAAUGGCAGGCAGUGUGUUACUGGACAAACGCUUCCGGGCCGAAUGUAAGAAUUAUGGAGUGAUUAUUCCAUACCCACCGUCCAACCGCUACGAGACGCUGCUCAAGCAGAGGCACGUCCAGUUGCUGGGUAGAUCAAUCGACCUGAACAGGCUCAUUACCCAGCGCAUCUCAGCAGCGAUGUACAAAUCGUUAGACCAGGCCAUUAGCCGCUUUGAGAGCGAGGACCUGACAUCCAUAGUGGAGCUUGAGUGGCUCUUGGAAAUCAAUCGCCUGACACACAGGUUGCUGUGCAAGCACAUGACCUUGGACAGCUUUGAUGCCAUGUUCCGGGAGGCCAACCACAAUGUCUCUGCACCCUAUGGGCGCAUCACCCUCCAUGUCUUCUGGGAGCUCAACUUUGACUUUCUUCCCAACUACUGCUACAAUGGAUCCACCAACAGGUUCGUGAGGACAGCAAUCCCCUUCACGCAGGAACCUCAGCGGGACAAGCCAGCCAACGUUCAGCCGUAUUACCUCUAUGGAUCCAAGCCUCUCAACAUUGCCUACAGCCACAUCUAUAGCUCCUACCGCAACUUCGUGGGGCCACCUCAUUUCAAGACCAUCUGCAGGCUUCUUGGCUACCAAGGUAUCGCAGUGGUCAUGGAGGAGCUGCUGAAGAUCGUCAAGAGCCUGCUACAAGGCACCAUCCUGCAGUACGUGAAGACUCUGAUCGAAGUAAUGCCUAAGAUAUGCCGCUUGCCAAGACAUGAAUAUGGCUCUCCAGGUAUCCUCGAGUUUUUCCACCAUCAGCUGAAGGAUAUCAUUGAGUAUGCAGAGCUGAAGACUGAUGUGUUCCAGAGCCUCAGAGAAGUGGGCAAUGCCAUUCUCUUCUGCCUCCUUAUUGAGCAGGCUUUGUCCCAGGAAGAAGUUUGUGAUUUGCUGCAUGCUGCUCCCUUCCAAAAUAUUUUGCCCAGGGUCUACAUCAAAGAAGGAGAACGCUUGGAGGUGCGCAUGAAGCGUCUCGAAGCCAAGUAUGCCCCACUUCACCUGGUUCCCUUAAUAGAGAGGCUGGGCACUCCGCAGCAAAUAGCCAUCGCCCGGGAGGGGGACUUGCUGACCAAGGAGCGCCUGUGCUGCGGGCUGUCCAUGUUCGAGGUGAUCCUGACGCGGAUUAGGAGCUACCUGCAGGACCCCAUCUGGCGCGGGCCGCCCCCGACAAACGGGGUGAUGCACGUGGACGAGUGCGUGGAGUUCCACCGGCUCUGGAGCGCCAUGCAGUUCGUGUACUGCAUCCCCGUGGGCACCAACGAGUUCACUGCAGAGCAGUGCUUUGGAGAUGGUCUGAACUGGGCAGGCUGUUCUAUCAUUGUUCUCCUUGGACAGCAACGACGCUUUGACCUCUUUGACUUCUGCUACCACCUGCUGAAGGUGCAGAGGCAGGAUGGGAAGGAUGAAAUCAUUAAAAACGUGCCCUUAAAGAAGAUGGCUGACAGGAUCAGGAAGUAUCAGAUCCUAAACAAUGAGAUUUUUGCCAUCCUGAACAAGUACAUGAAGUCAGUGGAAACAGACAGUUCCACAGUGGAGCAUGUGCGCUGCUUCCAGCCCCCAAUCCACCAGUCGCUGGCCACCACCUGCUAGUGUGGACACUGAUCCUGCAUGGGUUGAGAAGGGAGAAGGGACUGAACCCAGAACAGCUGGGAAGGGUAAACUCGAUGGUGUGAAACCUGGCAGCAAAGCAAGACUGGGUAUGCCUACUACACCCAAAGAAGUUCUCCCAUCCAGCCCUGUUUGAGUGCAUGUUCUUCUGUGCCAUCCCUGUGAUUGGUUUUACUUGUAGCUUUCAGACUUGGGGGUGGGUGGGAGUGGGUGGGCAAAAUGUGCUUUUCUUCCAUGAGGUGGUCUGGUUUUUCCCUGUGAUUCAUCCAACUGAACACAUCACUCUGAAGCCAUAUUGCAGCCCCAAGCGUGGGGGUCCUGGUGGAGGAGCUCCACGCAUCCACAGCGUCAGGAACGCGCUCCCACCACACAGGCAGUGGGGCAAAUCAACACCCCCAGUGACAUGUGCCACCAGCCACGGAGCAGGGUGGGGCUGAAGGCAAGCCUCUGAGUCACUGCUCUGGGGAAAGAAGGAAUGAAGGCAAAAUGACACCUCUGCCAGCAUCUUGAGGAUCAAGCAUUGGGCACAGAGGAGCUGGUUUUGGACGGCUGCGUGCCCAGGCUGGAGCUAGCUUCAUGCUUUCUGCCACAUCGUUGGCCUUUCUAGCUUCUGUCAGCUUCUCCUUAGGGGAGCUUUGGCACAUGCAUUUUGGAAUAGUAAUGAUGCAGUCACCAACUGCUCAGCACUUCAGAGAAGUGGAGAAAACCAAAAUGACUUGGCUUUUUCCCUGCUAUGGGACAUUCGCUUUAAUGCAAACAGUUCUCCCCUGCAGACACAUCUUCUACGGACUGAACAAGAUUUGUUAUGGACUAUGGAAGAGGCUGCAUUCAGGUGAAUGUGCUCUUGAAUAUAUUAAUAUGAGUGGAAAGAAUCACUGGUCCUGACAGAGUCACUACCAAGGGUAGUUACCUGGAACAUAUGUGCUCAUUGGCUAAGGACAAGAGCUGGAUAUGUAAUUUGUGUGUGCUCUGGGGUGCUAAUUUCCUUCAUCCUAGACAAAUUCCUGGUGGCACAGCAAUGAGAUAUCUUUCUUUAGAGAAUGGUGAUUAUCAGCACAGCUUAGGAAACUUCCCAUCACUCGGAUAUUGUUUAGAAGAGGUAAGAUACAGGAUAAGCAUUUAAAAGUACCCAGUUUUCCAGGUGCAACAGCAUUCAGAGGGAACACUGCCCUCUGUUUCCUUUUCCCACUCGGGGCAGACUAAGAUCCCUGGAUAAUGAGAAUCAUUUCAGUCAGAACUUCAAGGAGGAUUUCAUAACCUAGUCUUCCCUGCUUCCCCUCACUUGUGUCCCUCAAGUGACACAAAUGGUUGUACUUGAGGUUAAAGCAGAUCAAGCCUCAUGCUCCAAGAAAAAAAUUCUGCUAGUCUCACCACUGGCAAUAUUCUAAUUUCUCAGCUUUAGGCAGGUCACAGCAGAUAAUUGCUGCUCCAGUGUACAGAUGUGAUAUAUAUAUUUCCCUUCCACUCACUUCAUCAUGCUUGUAAACUGCAUGCUAUGACAGAUGUUUAAAAGGCAGAGCCUGGGCAUUUCUUCUCUCAGAAAGAACAUAUUGUUAAAUUAGUAGAGGUGCCCCAGAUGGAGUAUUUUGUCUUAGAAAACAACAGCCAGCAAGCUACUGUUAGCAAAAGAUUUCCCGGUCGCUCCCCACCUACUCCCUUGAUAAUCAAUAAAUCCCCCACACGUGCCAAGUGCUGGACAUGUUCACACCUUGACUUUCCUUUACUUGCCAAGACAGACAUUUAAACUGCAGGGAGGAGAUUGUGCAGCACAGUAAUCUGAAAGUAAAAUGAAAUCUCAGGAAGUCUGGCUGAAAUCUUUGAGCGGCAGGGAAGGACCCAGCCUGGCAAGGCAAGUUGUUUUCUCUAUGGCAUGAGAAAGAGCAGCAGAAGAGCACCUGGGACUUGAUGGCACUGCAGGGCUCUUGUUCCCUAUGUACUCUUACACUAAGGAUGUCAGUUCUGUUUUUCCAUCGUGUUCCAACACUUCUACACUACUGGAGUGAGGAUAUCUACAGAGAUAUAUUUUUAAAAGGAAAAGGAGAUUCAAGCACUUUAUUUUUUGUGUAAAACAAGAUAUGAGGAAGAUAGAUCCAGCCAAGAUACUGUUUUCCCUCACCUAAAUAUUAAGUGCUUGUUAUUUUGCUAUGAAAGUGUUGCUGAAAAGGUGGCACAAAUCCCUGUCUGGCUCUCAGAGCCACCUCUGGGCACAGCACAAAUUAAACGUCCUACUGCAUCCAACAUGUUGUAGGAUGUUGGAGCCUUCUCAGAAACCAGGAUGAGCAAGAAGUUGCUACAAAAGAAUGAACUGUACCACAUGGCCCAGCCUCAGCUGCCCAGACAAAACAGGAUGUAAUGAGGUGAAUUUAAAUGCCUCUUUUCAUCUGUUUAGGUGUGGAGUGAGUCAUGAGAUUACAUUUUUACCUAAACAUGAAUAUCACUCUGCAUUCUUUUGCUGUAGCUUUGCCAUAACACUCUGAAAUCCUGCAAAAUACAACUGCAUGUCCACGAAAGAAUAGGUAGAUGGAAUCUUGUUUGUUGCCCUCAGAAUUGCUGGCAAAAAAAAAAGUUCAAUCCUUUCUGUUUCCAAGGGCUGAAAUGUGAGCAAAAUGUCCAAAGUGCAUGAACAAAAUGUAAAGCUUUUGGCUGUAGAGUGUAUGCAGAUGUUUUGCCUUGUGGCUCAAGUAGUAUGAGAUAGCAGCUAGGAAUAAUCUUAGGGUCUUCAUUUCUGAGAUUUGAUGCCAUUGUCCUUUUAUUAUCUAAAGGAUACAAAUUGUCUUUAGCUUUGGUUCUCCAACCCUCCUUGACUUUGUAUGAGAAAAAGGUCCAGGCUUAGGUCUUUAAAUGAGUCCACAAAAGCAGGAUUUUUUUUCCCUCUCUUUUUUUUCUACUGUAGUAAUUGUUAAUGGGAAGAGGGAGCAGAUCUGUAAUAGUAGAACUAAAUAGCACAGAUUGCUGCUGGGUCAGGCAUAUUCUCCACCCUUGCAGACUUUCUGCCAAGUCUGGGUGACUUCCUUACAGAUAUGUUUUAAUCCUCUGGUUUACAGCCUUUUACAAUCUGCAGACCCCUGACAGUUUUCCCUAAGGAAAUCUGGAUCCCUGUCUGGAUUCUUUAAGCCCUUGCUUAUUUUUCUGCUUACUCUGAAGUAGUCUGCAAACUCCCCAGGAUGCACCAGCCACCACUUGGAGUGACUACUUCAAAGACAAGUUGGGUCGGUACAGGAAUUACAGAGGGCAGAAUGGAUGGUCUGUGUCAUGGAUGAAGUCAAGAUGAGGUUAUUUUAAUGUUCCCUCUGGCUUUGACAUUAUAGAACAUGAUUACUGGAUGAGAAGCUCAAUCUGAGCCAUCAGUGUGCUCUUGCAGCCCAGAAAGCCUGGGCUGCAUCGAGAGAAGUGCGGCCAGCAGGUCAAGAGAAGUGAUCCUCCUGCACUGAUGAGAUCCCACCUGGAGUGCAGCAUCCAGGUCUGGAGCCACUAUUACAAGAGGGAUAUGGAUGUGCUGGAAGGUGUCCAGAGAAGGGCCACGAGGAUGAUCAGAGGGCUGGAGCACCUCUGCUAUGAGGUCAGACUGAGUCAGGGCUGUUCAGUCUGGAGAGGACAAGCCUUCAAGGUGACCUUAUUGUGGCCUUUCAGUAUCUUGAGGGGACCUACAAGAAAGCUGGGGAGGGACUUUCUAGGCUGUCAGAUAGUGAUAAGACUGAGGGGAAUGGAACAAAGCUAGAAAUGGGCAGAUUCAGACUGGAUGUUAGGAAGAAAUUGUUCAGCAUGAGAGUGGUGGGAGCCUGGAAUGGGUUGCCCAGGGAGGUUGUCAAAGCCCCAUCCCUGAAGGUGUUUAAGGCCAGGCUGGAUGAGGCUCUGGCCAGCCUGAUCUAGUGUGAGGUGUCCCUGCCCACAGCAGGGGGGCUGGAACUAGCUGAUCUUUGUGGUCCCUCCCAACCCUGACUGGCUCUAUGAUUCUAACACAUGCCUUUGUGGACACUGCUGCACUUGACUUCCAAUGAUACAAGAGAAAGGGGAAGCAAACUAGUCCAAGCUCAGCACUUCAGCAGUGCUCCUUUGAAACUCCGACAGCACUUAUUAGUACUGAACAAGAUGUUAGCCCUUUUUCUCCUGCGUUCCUCCAGUCCAGUAGGUUUGUGUGUGUUUGAGAACAAAAGAAAGUGUAAAAAAAUAAACUAAAAUAAAAACCAACCAAGAAAAUAUUCUCCAAACUUCUUGUCAGAUGUACCAUAUUUGUAUGAAAAGCUGCUUGAGUUAUUUUGUACAAUGAACUUUAUUUAUGGUGAGGUAUAUUUAAUGCUCGUGAUCUGAUACUGUGUUCCACUUUUUGAUCCAUAUUUGCUAUGCAGCUGAAGAUGACAUUUUGAUUUUAAGUUUGUUGGGGUUGGGUUGGGUUUUUUUUUCUGCUGUUGUCCUGUAAAAAAAUUUAGCUAACAGAAGCUUCCAUCCCCAUUAGAAAUACUUCUGCAAGAGUAAAGCAUCUGGUACAUGGUGAUAAUGUCCCAUAACACAGCAACCAACAUCGUGUGCGACAAAUGUGGGAUGACUUUUGUGAUAAAGAGAAAUAAAACUUGGGCUCAUUCAUUAAAUGGGCAGACUUCA